AUGCCCAAGAUAUGUCCACCAAAUGACACACCCUAUCCCGACCACUUCCCUCCUGAAUCUAUGGAUGGCCACACCAUCAAUAUGUUCCCAGCCAACUGUGACAGCGAGAAUGCUGAGAUCACGUCUGUGCCUCCAUCUGCCUCUGCCUCUGUCUCUAUAUCUACCUCUUCCGCAACAUUGUCGAUGGAGAAGCCACCCAUCCGUGUCAUACUUGGCAGUCCUAUCUUUGCCAAGUACGCUCUUGUCGGUCGACACACGACAGUGUACAAUGCAACGGCAGAAAAUUUGCCGACGUGUGCACCCGGCACUCCUCUCGUGGUCAAAUUUUCUCAGCAAGUGCACACCCGCCUCAAGGAGCAGGAUCUGCUGAAUGCCACUCGUGCAGCCAGGGUCAAAAAUUUAUCCAGCCUCCGUCUUGCGAGAGACCUGUGGUCACUGAGCGAAGGCUUCCGUGGACUUUUCUGCGAGGAAGAGCCAGUAAACUACGAGAGGCGUGUUCUGCGCGCGCCCAUCUUUACAAACUUCAACAAUAUCAUGGUGCUCAGAGACGAGCCGGACGGCAAGCCGUUGUUCAUCCUCAAUGACUUUGACCUGGCCACUUGCGCAACGGUAGAUGGAAAGCUCAAGGGGGGCCCAAUAUCAAAGCAUCGCACUGGAACACUCCCAUUUAUGUCGUACGAGCUCCUGCACGACAUGUGGUCUACUUAUGAGGUCGUGCGCAAACUGUCCAGAGACAGUCCCUUGGUACCCGCGCGUCAUCACCUGCGGUUCGACUAUGAGUUGCUGUUGUACAUUGCCCUGUGGUGCGCAUUCAAGUGCGAGAAACUGCGGUUCACCGAAGCCAGGAACGUGAUCAAUGCCCAGGUAGAGCAGUGGGAGAUCAUGGGCCCUAACUCCUUAAGGGAGAUGCCGUUGUCCCCUCCCUUUGAACCAUGGCUCCUGUUCUUCGAGGCAUGGACGGACGCCGUCCAGCCAGCUGACCACCUGCUGCAGAGGGCAAACUACUGA